AUGUCUCCUUCCACUCAAACGAUAACUCUUUCGAAUGGAGUCAAAAUGCCCGUUGUGGGUCUUGGAACUUGGCAAUCAAGUCCCGAAGAAGUGAUUGCUGCAGUAAAGGCAGCCGUGAAAUCUGGAUAUCGUCUCAUUGAUACUGCAUCUGGAUAUCAUAAUGAAGAAGCAAUUGGAACUGCAAUUAAGCAAUUGAUUGAGGAAGGAGUUGUUAGGAGAGAUGAUCUGUUCAUUACCACUAAAGCCUGGACCAACCAAAUCGCCCCUGGAAAACUCGAAUCAGCAUUGAAGGAAUCUCUUCAAAAACUUCAACUCGAGUAUGUGAACCUUUAUCUUGCUCAUAUGCCAGCUGCUACCAACGAUGAUAUGAGUCAGCAAAUCGCUUCUCCAGUUGAAGAUAUCUGGCGCCAAUUUAACGCGGUUUACAAGGCGGGGCUCACGAAAGCAGUUGGAGUUUCCAACUGGAAUAAUGAACAAAUCGGUCGGGCUCUUGCUCUCGGACUGACUCCAGUUCAUAACUCACAAGUGGAGCUUCACUUGUAUUUCUCACAACAUGAUCAUGUGGAUUUCUGCAAAUCUCAUAACGUAUCGGUCACUUCUUAUGCUACUCUUGGAAGUCCAGGACGUGUUAACUUCAAACUUCCAAAUGGAGCGAAGCUCAACUGGGCUCCAGCUCCUUCUGAACUUCAAGACGCAAACGUCCUCUCAAUUGCCAAGAAAAACAACAAAACACCUGCUCAAGUUCUUCUUCGUUAUGUCGUUGACCGUGGAAUCGCAAUUAUUCCGAAAUCAGUGAACGAAAGUCGCAUUAAAGAAAACUUUGAUAUUUUCGACUUUUCUGUUUCUCCGGAAGAAAUCAAAAAACUCGAAGAAAGCAAGAUUUCACAGAGACUUUUCGCUCAAGAUUUCAUGAUCGGUCAUCCAGAAGAUCCAUUCGUGAACGAGCGUCAGUAG